AUGGGUCGGCACUUCGCCAAAUUUCUGCGAAUACUACGAUCCAGAGUGUGGAGUUCUGUGGUUCACCCGAUACCACUGCCUACUAACUGUUUAGACAUUACUCAUUCAGGUGCAAAGCUUUGGCGUUCGGCCUUGCGUAAGAUCCGUUCUCGCGACGUUGUAUCCGAUCCGUGGCGCGACUUCGAUCUCAAAGGCACUCCCACACUACCUGCAUUGCGCCAUCGUUACAGUGCAAUCAAAAAGAAAUGGAUCAAAGACGAUAUUCUCGUUAAAUUAGAGCAGACCCCCUUUGAUAGAGGCGCUAUGCGCGAAUGUUUUCGAUUGAAAAAAGCUCCAGUGAACGGUGAUUGGGAUGCGGCCUCAAACUACGUGGCCAAACGUUACCUUUCUGACGUUAACAGCUCUGUUUAUCUUGAUGACGUCCGUCUCCAGAUGGAAGCCAAACUCUGGGCGGAAGCAUUCAAUCGUCAAAAUCCUCCGAAGAAAGUGGAUGUUUUUCAAAUGGCUGUAAUCGAAAUCCUUGAUAAAGCCCACACAAGCCCGAAACAUCUGUCCGAGACUCCACGCCCUGGGUCUAUCAGCAUAAGCGACUCUUCCGCACUCGAAAAAUCCGGGUCACGUUUCUACCACAUUGAACGGUAUAUGGACGGGGACUAUCGCAAGUACAAUUCCAACGUUGGUUUCGUAGACGAAAAACUUCGAAAUACGCCCCAGGCUUUCAGUCAUUUCACAUUCGAACGGUCUGGACACAGGCUUUUGGUUGUUGAUAUUCAAGGCGUUGGCGACUUGUACACUGAUCCACAAAUUCACACCGCCGACGGUCUUGGGUACAAUGAUGGAAACUUGGGUCUGCGUGGUAUGGCGCUAUUUUUCCACACUCACCGCUGCAACCCCUUGUGUGCUUGGCUCGGCCUCACACCCUUUGACCUCUCCAGUAACGAGGUGGCUCAGUUGCCGGGCAACUCUGAAGGUCAGGAGGAUUAUUCGGCCGAUGAAGUAGAUGGAGGAGAGGAGGAAGAUGAAGAGUUUGAGGAGCGCAGUGAAGCUAGCAACGUGGAGCUGGUGAGUGGAUCACUAUCGGUAAGUCCUUCCUCGCUCUUUCUUAGAUUGUGUUCGUGA